AUGAUGCACGAGAACGUUGGUUUCCGAAGCGCCUGUGUCUUCAUUUUUGGGUAAUUAUUGGGUUUUUCCAGGGCUACUGUAGUUUUCGUUGCAGAUCUCUGUGUCCGCAGACCUAUGUCGCGUUCCUGUCCAUGGCUGUGGUGAGUUUUUAGAAAAAUGGAAGCGAGGGAUAAAGAAAAGGGUAUUUUUACAGCACCUUGUAUGGCUCGGGACCGGCCGUUUUUUCAUCAAUCACAUCUUUCUGCGCCUUUUUCCCCACGUCGCCGCCUGGUGGACCGUUUCUUCCUUUGUCUACGUCAUCGUGUGCCGAGCAGCGGUAGUUUUUUUCAAUUUUCGACUUUAGUUCACUCACAAAUGCUUGAGAUUUUAAAGGCGCAUGGUGAAAUUGUGAAAAAAGGUCCUGACAGGAAAAAUUUCAUCUUAGCGGGAAACUUCCCGAUUUGUUCAAGCGACCUUCGAAAUCAAGUUCUGGAAAAACUUUUAGUGGCCACUAUAGGGUUUUGACCUUUAGUGACCACUAUAGUAGUCAAUUUGGUGGCCACUUAAGGGGUCUAAAGUUAGGGGCCACUAUAGAGGUCUAAGUGCUACUACUAGACCAUUUAAAAUUUUAGUGGCCACUUUAGGGGUCAAUGGAUCAACAUAACUGGUCCAAUCUGUUUUUUCAUCAGAGUUACUGGAAGGAAUACUGGAUGAAAAACUACUGAAGUGGCCACUAAAACGGAAAAUAGUGACCACUAUAGAGGUGGAUUUAGUGGCCACUUUAGUGUCCUCUCCAAAAAGUUCUUGGCGAGCCACUAUAGUAGCCACUAAAAGUUUUCCCAAAGCUUAACUUCACCCGACUUGAAACGGGUUGCGCCUCAAGGGUCUUUAAGCAUCAGAUCAAGCCAAAUGUACGGCUUUUUCAAUACUAUUCUAAAUGAAGCAAUGGUUCAGAUUGUUGGGAAAUUGGUGGUUCCACAAGAAUGGACCCCCAAACCAUUGAUCGUCUGGGCUUUACUGGUCCCUUCGGCUCUUUAUACGGUAAAUUCGGAAAGAUUUAUUGAUUUUUCUGAAAAAUUACAGAACGUCUGGAUGAUUUGGUCGUUUCUGGAAGGAUCUUGGAUCACAGCCAACGGCUUCAAGCGCUUCAGCGAUGGGACAGGUUCUUAUGAGCAACCGGGGUCGCAUUUGGAAUGGCUCAGUGGGGAAUUGAAGCCGCGGCGGACUCAAAACGGCUUGCGCAAGGUGUCAUAGAAAAUCGAAAAUCGAGCCAUUCUAAAUGCGAUGGGGGCAUUUUGAAACAACCCAUGAACUUGCAGAGUUGCUGAUCACUAUCGCCUUGAACAAUAUCGUGCUGGUUUUGGCCUUUUUGCGGCUUCUCAUCGACACUUUUGAUCUGAAUGUUCCUUGGGUUGGUUAGAAGAAGGAAAAUUAAAAAUAAUGCUCAAAUUCCGACGGAAUUUCAUCUAGGUGUCUUCAGAAGGCUUCAAAUAAUAAAAAGUUUCUCAUUUAUAACUGAAUCCUUCUCAAAAGCUCUCGCAGAGGGUGUAUAUAAAAACGUUCAAAACGCAAGGGCCUUCCGUAGAAAAAUUCACUACGCCCUUACUAUCGGGUUGGUACUGGGCUGAUUGGCCUUUUUAGAAAGCCGAAGACUUUUUUUACCGGGGAAAAAAGUUUCUGAUUCAAAACCAAAGUUUCUUCGAAGAUAUGAUUUUUCGAACCUCAAGAGAAAAAUCUUCAUUUUCACGAUUUUUGGUUUUUUGCUCUCAAAUCCGGUCUUACUCGAGCAAAUGAGUUCGUCUUCUGGGAAAGAGUUACUGCGUAGCUAUUCAAAAUGUGUGCAAAGUUUCAAGUCAUUUGAGCCAUUUUCAGAGAAGUUACGCUCGAAUAACCACUUUGAAAUACCUUUAUGGCCAGUACUGUAUCUCUAACUUUUUUUUGAAUUUUCAUUCAGAUUCAGAACUUUCAAUAGGUCUUACGAAUCUUCAAGGUGAUCAUGAAAAAUUUUUUUCAGCUCACCAGGAUCUGUAUGAACGUCCGAGAGCAGUACAAGUGCCAAUGUUUCCACGGGAAUGAGUUCAGCCCUCAAUUGGUGAGUUAAUGAAAAAUAUUGCUUUAAACGAAUUUUUUUCGAAAUAUAGGGGCCUUCAGAUGAUGAAAAAUCCAGAAUCCUUUACGGUUUUUACGUUUUCGUGACCACUAUACAAGCUGAAUUAGUAGCCACCGGCUAAAAAUUAUUGGCCUCUUCAAAUAUCUAAAGGUACCAGUAGACCACUAAAACUGCUAUAGUGGCCACUUAGGCGCAAAGUCUGUAAAGGUAAUUUGAGUCGCCACUUCAGUGCGCUCUCUUGAAGAACCUCUUAAGUGACCACUAAAGUUUUUUUUUUGAUUCUGAAAUGGCAGAUUUUGUCCGUGGAGCUCAUGUGACUAGUGUAGAGUGUUUAAAUAUAAAUUUUGGACCAUUUUGCUCAUUUAUCGAAAAGUUAAUUUUUUGCUGCCUUUUUGGGUAUUUUUAUCAACCUAUAAUGUUCUAAUUUUGCUACUUUACCCCUUUUUAACCUUUUUAAACCUUAAAAAAUCAUGCAAAAAGGAAAAUCUUAUUAAAUUUUGAAGCGACAGUUUGUGACUCUUUUAAAAAUCAUAUUCUGCUUUUUUGUAUAAUAUUGGAGUUAGUGAAAAACUUGAAAGUUGGAAAAAAAUUUUAAAGGUACUUCUGAAGUCUCAACAAAAAAGUGAGCUGUGAAACAAACUGGAAAAAAACCCUAAAAUGACCCCUCCAGACCAAGACCCUGGCGGAGAUGCGUGAGGAGGCCAAGCAAAUGAAGGCGGACAAGGCGACGUGGCUGACGUCGAUCGAGCACGUCAACCGGGUGCUCAUCGCCUACGAAGCCGAAUCGGAACGACUCGUCGAACUUGACGUCGACCGCUACAUCGCCCAGAAACUUGUUCAACGACGUCUCGAGAACAACAUGACGGCUUGA